ACCCUGCAUUCUCUAUAUCUGGUCUCCCCGGACCCUGCAUUCCCUAUAUCCGCUCUCUCCGGACCCUGCAUUCACUAUAUCCGGUCUCCCUGGACCCUGCAUUCACUAUAUCUGGUCUGCCAGGACCCUGCAUUCUCUAUAUCUGGUCUCCCCGGACCCUGCAUUCUCUAUAUCUGGUCUCCCCGGACCCUCCAUUCACUAUAUCCGGUCUCCCCGGACCCUGCAUUUACUAUAUCUGGUCUCCCCGGACCCUGCAUUCAUUAUAUCCGGUCUCCCAGGACCCUGCAUUCACUAUAUCAGGUCUCCCAGGACCCUGCAUUCACUAUAUCUGGUCUCCCAGGACCCUGCAUUCACUAUAUCCGGUCUCCCCGGACCCUGCAUUCACUAUAUCUGGUCUCCCAGGACCAGGCAUUCACUAUAUCAGGUCUCCCAGGACCCUGCAUUCACUAUAUCAGGUCUCCCAGGACCCUGCAUUCACUAUAUCUGGUCUCCCAGGACCCUGCAUUCACUAUAUCCGGUCUCCCCGGACCCUGCAUUCACCAUAUCUGGUCUCCCAGACCUUGCAUUCUCUAUAUCUGGUCUCCCCGGACCCUGCAUUCACUAUAUCUGGUCUCCCAGGACCCUGCAUUCACUAUACCUGGUCUCCCCGGACCCUGCAUUCACUAUAUCUGGUCUCCCCGUACCCUGCAUUCACUAUAC